AGCGUUGCAGGCAACCUGAGAUGUUCUAUAACUGUCACCUUCAUAUUUGUCGCACUUGUUUUAUUCCAAAUCGGUCUACCGCAGGGCAAGGCAGCGAGCACGAAAGCGAACGAAACCGAGAAAGAAAAAACAGAAACAAGUCCUGAGGAAGCAGAGAAAAAAAAAGAUGAAGCAGCGGAAAGGGAGGCGCGAUGGUUGAUGGAUCGAAAACUUUUUCUGGAUAUCGAGGAGGUACGCUCAGAUACAAUCGACAAUAUCACUCACGUAUUUCUCAAGGUCACUGGUCGGCUGGUAAAAGUGGGACGACUGAUGGUUCAGACGAAACGCCGGAUGAAGGUGUUCCUGCAUGAGGUUGGUGAGAUGAGUUACGACGCGAAGUGGGCAGUGAUGGCUUGGAUUGCGGUGAUGUUUCUCUUCCCGAUCUUCACCGCCGGCAUUGUGUCCGCUAUCAUAGCCGCGUUCUUCCAGAACGAACUGACCAAUUUGCAAAUUUUCCUGCACACCCGCUGGGAUGCUGGCGAUAAACCGGACAUCAUCACGGAACACAAAGCGAAGCUGCGCCUCGGCAAUUUGGCAAUGCAACGCUUGCUGGAGAAGAUGAGCCGACAUCCGGAACGACUUUUGCCUAAGAAAGGAAAGCGUGACCCGGAGGCCCUGAUUCGUGAGAAGAUUGAACUGGAACAACCAGUGGAACCGGGUGAGCCGGGAGAAAGAAAACUAGGGCCAACACCACCACCACCAGCACCAGCACCGCCGCCACCAGCACCUGCACCACCACCACCAGCACCAGCACCACCACCAGCACCAGCACCACCACCACCAGGUCCAGAAGAAAAACCACCUGCACCAGCUCCAGAAGAAAAACCACCUGCACCA